GGCACGGGGCACCCCCGCGCUCGGGAUGUCCAGGGGAUCUCCCUCAUUCAUUGCUCCCCCUCUCCCCGGGCAUGCGGCACCCCCGAGUGCAGAGCAUCCCUACUCAUAUGCCAGCCCCAGGGCAUGGGGAACCUGAGGGAUGGAGAUUGGAACUAGAUGAUGUUUACGGUCCUCUGCAACCCAGCCCAGUCUAAGAUACGAUUCUGUGACAUAACCCUCCCUCAGAGCAUCGGCACCCUCAGGUUUUGGGCAUCCUGAAGACAUCUCCUAACAAUUCACACAGCACCCUCUGGGAUAUAAGACACUGUGGACACACCAACACCACCAUCCACACCCCUUCCAGAGACCCUGGGUUGUUUCUGAGCCGUGGACAUCCCAGCUUGUCACGUCCGCAGGAGGGCCACGGCCGUCUGGGGAAGCCUGGAGGUGCUUGACCCCGGUCCUGUUGCUGCCAGCUGUGCCCAGGCGAGCCAGGGCUGACAGUCUCAUCUCUGGAGUCGUGGUGAUGGCACCUGCUGGACUCCCCCUCCAGGCACCCUGCAAGGUGGGCUGAGCAGGGCAUGGGGCAGGUGGAGCGGGGCUGGGGUGUUUACUUUAACUGCUGUCACCCGGCCAGGCGCUGCCGGGAACUGCCGUCCACAGGGACAGGGGUGGGAACGUGCGAGAGUGUGCGAGAGCGGGUGUGAGAAGGAAACGCACUGCAGGGAGACCGGGAGCGAGAGGAUGUGUGCUGGGAGGGGAGUGUCCCCAAAGGGAAGCCAUGGGGGGCUGCCGGGGUGGAGGGUUAUCUGAGCGCAUGCCCUGACGCGUGCCAGGGAAGCGCACGUGUGUACAUGUAGGUUUUGAGGGUGCACGUGGUGGAUGUGCUCCCACGUGCAGUAUAGGGGGACACACACGUACACAUGGGCAUGGGGAUGUGCAGCCUCUGCCAGAGCAUCCAGAGAGAGCUGACUUUGCCAGGGAAUGUCACAGUCAUGCCAGGGCAUGGUGCUGAACAGGCCCCUGGUGCUUCUCCAGCCAGGGAGGGGGCAUCUGUGGGUGUCUCACCCAGCCCACUCCCAACCAAUACCCCUGGUAAAACAGCUCUGGGGCCAUGCACUAGCUAUGACCCUUGUGAUCCAUCGUCCUCUCAAGCUCAGAGGAGAUGAACCACAGCCAUCCCCAGGACCUCCAGCUCCCUGAGUCACCUCUGGUGGAUGCAGGGGUCAGAGCAUGCCUCUGUGUGAAGGUCACGAGGGAUGGGGUCUAACCAGGUAAAAGGCACCAUGGAUGAUGUCCACCUCUGGGACAAGGUCACCAGGAUUAUGGUCCACCUCUGGGAGAGGGUUUUUGGUGUUUUCCACACCUGGCUGCCACAGCCAGGAGCAGGACCCCAUUAGGGCUGAUGUUCCCAGCUUGUCCAGUGCAGGGUCACUGAUGCCAUCCCUUCUGCAGGUACCAGGGCCACCCUCUACCCCUGGACAGGCACAGCUGAGGCACUGACCACUGAGGUGCUGGCUGCUGAGCGCUCAGGCCUGGGGGCAGGUGAGCAGCCAAGGAGGGCGCCUGGGGACGCCCUUCCCGUGCCCCGAGCCAAGGGAGGAAGCGGCCGGAGGCAGGAAGCCUUUCCCCGGGCCCGGGCCCCCUGCUGCGAUUUUGCUGGAAGGUCAGCGGCGACACAACAGGAAAUCGUGCUGCCUCGGCUGGGCGGCCAGGCCGGAGCCGCAGAGCCGCGCCGUGCUGUCCCGGGGCCGCUCCCGGCCCUCCGUCCUGGCUGGGCGGCUCGCGGGGAGCCCGCGCCAACACUGCUCUCCAUGGAAGGGGGACGGGAGCCAGGGAGCAGCCGCUGGCCCCAGGGUGGAAGAUGCGGGGCCGAAACCCCCAGCCGAGCAUGGAGCUGAACAGACUGCUCCUCCUCACAUCCUUCCUCCUGCAUGUGAAAGAGGACCGUGCCAGCCCAACACGGCUGGUCUGUGACAACAGACUUAUCCAGAAAUACAUCGUGGAGGCCAAGGACAUGGAAAAGAGAGUGGGCCAGUGCCAGGCCCUGCCUCCACUCAGCUGCCCUGCAGUGCUGCCCUUGGUGGACUUCACUUUCCAGCAGUGGAAAUCCAAAUCGAAUGAGACCAAGCGCCGGGAGAUCCUCUGUGACCUGGCCCUGCUGCUGGGUGCUGCAGCAGCAGCCCAGGGCCAGGUGAGCAACGAUUGUGGGGACAGGCAGCUGAGCCAGCUUUACCGACAUGCCAACUCCUUCUUCCUGCUCCUGCAGACCUUCAGCUGGGAGGCAGGACACUGGGAGCCGAGCUGCUCCCCACACUCCAUGGAGGAGACCCAGAUCACCAGCAUUUUCCUCACCUACCGGCAGCUGGUACAGGGCAAGUUGAGGUUCUUCUUCAACGACCUGGCCAAGGUCUUGUGCAAGCAAGGACAGGGGGACAGCAGAGACCCUCCAUGUGGGGGCCGGUGAGGCUGCAUGCAGGGCUCAAAGCGAUGCUGGAGCAAUCCUGCAGGACACUAAGCUGUGCUCUGGGUGCCCAGGAAGAUGCCCACAGGGAAAGGGUUGGCACCUGUUCCUGGAGUCUUCGUCAACCGUGCAGUGCAUGGAGGCAAACAAUGACACUCAUGUGCCAGCAGGCACAGGCCCUGCUCCCAUCUGGGCAGGUACCUCUA